GGCUUCCCGAGCAGGCAGCGCGGAGGACGCCUCAGUACGGUGGCCGGCGGCGGGGAGGCAAGAUGGCGGCGGCGGUGGUGGCGGCGGCGGGCAGGGCCUGUGCGGGCGGCGCCGUGCGGGCGGCGUGGCGAGGGUUUGCUUCUGUGCCAGUGAAAGGGAGUUGCUGUUCCUAUUCCAGCCUGGCAUGGGCUCUCCAGGUGCAAUGUUCCAUCUCUGCCCCCCGGAAUGUCAUGGUACAGCAAUGCAGACAAAGCAGUUUCUUCAAUAUGUUGACAGCUGAUGAGCUCUGGAAAGGAGCUUUGGCAGAGACUGGUGUGGGAGUAAAGAAAGCAAGAGGGAAGAGAAGGAAGAAGAAGCUAAGAAAGAAUCUCAAUAGAGGCCAGGAGAUCGGAGAAGGACGUUCUGGUUUCCUCUGGCCUGGCCUUAAUGCUCCUAUAAUACAAAGUGGGAUGGUACAGACAGUUUCCCAACGAAAAAAAGAAGAACGAGAGAGAAUUCAGUCUGAAAUUCUUCAGCAGAGAGACACAUGGGAGAAGAGAAGAAAAAUAAAAGUUAAGAGAGAGGGAGGAUGGAGUGGAAAGUGUUGGGGAGGUGUCAUCCUGGAUCCUCCUGACCCAGGUCCUAACGGAGAAACUUACGAAGAUUUUGAAACAAGAGUCAUUGAGGUGAAAAAUGUGUUCUGUAUGAAGGCAAAGGAAGGCAGAAAAAAAUCAAUACGUGCCUUAGUGGCUAUUGGAAAUGGUAAAGGGGCUGCAGGUUUUGCAUUGGGGAAAGCAGGUGACAGAAUGAAUGCUUUACGAAAAGCAAAGAACAAAGCAAUACGCAGCUUACAUUAUAUAGAGCAGUAUCAGAACCACACAAUUUACCAUGACAUUACUGUGAAAUUUAAAAGAACAACCAUCCGCAUGAAGAAGCAAAACAAAGGUUAUGGUCUUCGUUGCCACCGAGCUAUUAUCACCAUCUGCAAACUAAUUGGCAUUAAAGACAUGUAUGCUAAGGUUACUGGAUCCAAAAACUUGAUUAACAUUACCAGAGCUCUCUUCAAAGGACUGACACAACAGGAAACUCACCAACAGUUAGCAAACGAGAAGAACCUCUAUGUUGUGGAGUUCCGGGAGGAGCAGGGCCCACUGCCCAUCGUUGUAGCACUGCCUGAGGGGACCGUCCGUGAGGAUCCUGAGCCCGAAGAUGAUGUUCCAGACACUAAGUUGGAGUGGAGCGAGGUGAAAGAAGCUCAGGGAAUGAAGAAAUCACCCUGGACAAAUGUCAGGCAGAGAGUAUGGUGAAAGAUACAGUACAUCUUUCCUUGCUGCUCAGAGAUGCAGCUGUAAAAGUCCAGCCUCAGUGGGUGGGUUGUCUAAGCUUACAUUUCAGAGGAGGGCACCAGUAGGUCUCGUGCCAUUCGUGCUGCUGAUCCCAUUCAGUUACACCGUUUGCUUUCCCACAACUCUUCCCACCACUGUCCAGCUAAGGACAUUCGGGAGGAAACAGCCAGUGGACAUGACUUUUACUUCAAGCAUGCAUUUACUUGAUUCCUGAAGAUGAUGCGUCAUGAAUAGGUCCUGGAGUUCCAUUCACUUUGGGAAACUACUGAUUGUGGAAGCAAUAAAGAAUCCUCAGAAUGA